AUGAGAGAGCAGUACAUGAGGACAGGAGAAGGUUUCCUUCUUAUAUUUGCAAUCAAUGACCGAGGAAGCUUCAAUGAGAUCAGCAAGUUUCACACGCAGAUCCUCCGCGUUAAAGACAGAGAUGAGUUUCCAAUGAUUCUGGUUGGCAAUAAAGCAGAUUUGGAUCUCCAGAGACAGGUGACCAGAGAGGAAGCCCUGAACUUCGCACGGGAAAACCGAAUUCCUUAUAUGGAAGCCUCAGCCAAGAUCCGAUUAAAUGUAGAUGAAUCUUUCCAUGAGCUGGUCAGGGCAAUCAGGUAA